AUGCCACCACAAGCAGAUAAUUAUGAAUGUUCGGUCGCUGAACUGCGAUCUUUGAUGGAAUUGCGCGGAGCUGAAGCGUUGGAAAAGGUGGGCUUUAGAAACAGGAAACAGGGUGGUUUAUUUUAUAUAGCUCAGAUAUUAGUUUUUUUGUUGAAAAUUUGUCAGUUGAGCCAGCCUUGAGUUUGAGUCUAAACCCAAUCUGAAUCCAAAGGACAGUAUUGAUUUGUUUGCAUUCCAUAACAAAUUUUUGUCAAAAAUUUCUAUUCAUUUCAUUUCAAUUUAAUUGUUUUGUUUGAAAGAUGUCAAAUCAAAUGAAACUGGUUCUCUUUUUUCUCUAUUUCUCUCUCUCUCUCUCCCUCCCUCUACCAAUAAUUUUGAUUUUAUUAGUUUCCUCAAAAAAAGUUGUGGUUAACCUUUUCAAAAGGAAGGAACGAUAACAUUGUACAAUUACCUAUAAAAGAAUGUUAACGAGUUUUGUUUACAAGGUUAAACAGUAACUUUUCGGCAAUUGAUAUGGGCGAGAAAAUAAAAAAGGAGAAAAAAUCAGAUGUCUGAAUCGGAAAUUUGGGCAAAAAUAUAGUUAUUUUAAAGUCAUUGAAAAUUGAUUCAAAACGAAAUUAGAAAAAUUCUGGACCUGACUACAAUCCAAUUCAAAAUUAAUUCCAGAUAAAUGCAACAUACGGUGGUGUCGAAGGUCUAUGCCAAAAACUCAAAACAGAUCCAAUCAAUGGAUUACCCACAGAUCCAGCCGGACUUCAAAGGCGACAAGAGGCCUUCGGUAAAAACGAAAUUCCACCAUCGCCAUCCAAAUCAUUCUUCCGAUUGGCGUGGGAAGCACUUCAAGAUAUUACAUUGGUUAUUCUAUUAGUAGCAGCACUCGUUUCGUUGGGUCUUUCAUUUUAUAAACCACCCGAGGAACAUGCAAGUGAGUUAAAAACAUGGCUGAUCGGAAGAAGUUUGGUACUAUAUUUUAAAAAAACUUGGAAAUUUCUAAAUGUCUUCCUAAAAUUUCUAGAAUCCUAACUCCACGAGCUUUAAUCAAUUAUUUCACAUUAAGGUAACGAUUCGUCCGAACAAGAGGCUGGUUGGAUCGAAGGAGUCGCUAUUUUGGUGGCUGUCCUUGUUGUCGUUAUGGUCACUGCUUUGAACGAUUGGACCAAAGAGAAACAAUUCAGAGGUCUUCAAUCAAAAAUCGAAACCGAACACAAGUUCUCCGUUAUUCGAAAUGGUGAAGAAGUCAAUAUUGUUGUCAAUGAACUUGUUGUUGGUGAUUUGGCACGCGUCAAAUAUGGUGAUCUUUUACCAGCUGAUGGUCUUCUCAUCCAAUCAAACGAUUUGAAAAUUGAUGAAUCUUCAUUGACUGGAGAAUCCGAUCUUAUUCGUAAAUCUGAAGACUUCGAUCCAGUUCUCCUUUCCGGCACUCAUGCUAUGGAAGGAUCUGGAAGAUUCUUAGUGACUGCUGUUGGAUUGAACAGUCAAACUGGUAUUAUUAUGAGCUUGUUGGGUGCAGCAAAGGAAAAGAAGGAUAAAAAUGAGGAGACUGCAACUAUUACAAAUGGAGUUGGAAAUGGUAUUCCGAAUGGAAAUGGAAAAGCUGUUGAAGCUGCUCCACCAGUUCCAGAAGAAGACGAAGUUGGACGAAUGACUAAAUCUGUUUUGCAAGCUAAACUAUCCAACUUGGCUUUGCAAAUCGGAUAUAUUGGAUCAAUUGUUGCUGCAGCCACAGUUCUUAUCCUUAUCAUCAGACACUGUAUUUCAAAAUAUGCCAUUGAAGGUGCCUCCUUCCAGGCUAGCGAUAUCUCACAUUUUGUAAACUUCAUUAUUAUUGGUGUUACUGUUUUGGUUAUUGCUGUUCCUGAGGGUCUCCCAUUAGCUAUCACAUUAGCACUUACAUAUUCAGUGAAAAAAAUGAUGAAGGAUAACAAUUUGGUUCGACAUUUGGAUGCUUGUGAAACCAUGGGUAAUGCAACAUCAAUUUGUUCAGAUAAAACUGGAACAUUGACAACGAAUCGGAUGACAUGUGUUCAACAAUACAUCAAUGAGCAAUUUAACAAAGGAGAAGUUCAAAAAUACGACGCAAUGGAUUCAAAAACUCGCGACUUUUUGUUGCAUGGAAUCGUUGUGAACAGUGGAUACAGUUCAACUGUUGUGCCACCAAAGAAUCCAGGAGAGCAAAGACAACAACUUGGAAACAAAACCGAAUGUUCACUUUUGGGAUUCAUUUUGGAUACUGGAAGAAGUUAUGAGGAUUUGAGAAAACAAUAUCCAGAGGAGAAUUUGUAUAAGGUUUAUACAUUCAAUUCAUCGAGAAAAUCUAUGAUGACAGUUUUGGACUUGGGAAGCGGAAAAUAUCGAAUCUACGCCAAAGGAGCUUCAGAAAUUAUUCUCAACAGAUGCACACACAUUUUCGGUAAAGGUGGAAACAUCAAAGAUUUCACUAAAUCCGAAACCGCUACAAUGACAUCAAAUGUUAUCGAACCAAUGGCAUCUGAUGGUUUGAGAACAAUUGGAUUGGCAUUCAAAGAUUUGGUACCAGCUGGUACCAAGAAAGAGGAAUAUGAAGAGGAAUAUAGUGGUACUAUUGAUUGGGAAGAUGAGGAAAAAAUCAGAGAAGGAAUGACUGUUAUCGCUGUUAUGGGAAUUCAAGAUCCAGUCCGCCCAGAAGUUCCAGCCGCUAUUGCUAAAUGCCAAAAUGCCGGAAUCACUGUCAGAAUGGUAACAGGUGACAACAUCAACACUGCUCGCUCAAUCGCUACUCAAUGUGGAAUUAUGCAACCUGGAGGCGAUUUCUUGGCUUUGGAAGGAAAAGAUUUCAAUGCUAGAAUUCGUGAUGCCGAUGGAAAAGUCAAUCAAGCGAAAUUGGAUCAAAUCUGGCCAAAACUUCGUGUUCUCGCUAGAGCUCAACCAAGUGACAAAUAUGUUUUGGUAAAAGGAAUUAUUGACAGUAAAGCUACCAAGAGUCGUGAAGUUGUUGCAGUAACUGGUGAUGGUACCAACGAUGCACCAGCUUUGAAAAAAGCCGAUGUUGGAUUUGCUAUGGGUAUCGCGGGAACUGAUGUUGCCAAGGAGGCUUCAGAUAUCAUUUUGACUGAUGACAACUUCUCAUCAAUUGUUAAGGUAAGAAUUUGUAUUUUGUGAUUUUGAAAGAAUUCUGAAUUUUUCUAGGCCGUUAUGUGGGGACGUAACGUUUACGACUCAAUCGCUAAAUUCUUGCAAUUCCAACUGACAGUCAACGUUGUUGCCGUAACUAUCGCAUUUAUCGGAGCCUGUGCUAUUUCUGAUUCACCAUUGAAAGCUGUUCAAAUGCUCUGGGUUAACUUGAUUAUGGACACUUUGGCUUCUCUUGCAUUGGCCACCGAAAUGCCAACCGAAGACUUGCUCAACAGAAAACCAUAUGGUCGAACAAAAUCUCUCAUUUCACGAACAAUGGUCAAAAAUAUUGUUGGACACGCUGUUUACCAGCUCGCCAUUUUGUUCGCCAUUCUUUUCUGGGGCGACAAACUUAUCCCAAAUACAGCAUCCGGGCGUAACGCUCCAUUGGGUUCUCCACCAAGUCAACAUUUCACUAUUGUUUUCAACGCUUUCGUAUUGAUGACUUUGGUGAAUGAGAUAAAUGCUAGAAAGAUUCACGGUGAAAGAAAUGUCUUCAAGGUAAGAUUUAGAGCACUAUGAUUACGAAAAUAAAACAAUUCAAAAAUUUAGGGAAUCUUCACUAACCCAAUCUUCUGUGUUAUCUGGAUUACUACACUUAUCUCGCAUAUUCUUAUUGUUCAAUUCGGAGGUCAAUGGUUCUCAACAGCUCCACUUGAUCAAACUCAAUGGAUUGUUUGCAUCGCAUGCGGUCUUGGAGAACUCAUCUGGGGACAGGUGAGCAAGAAAAAAGAAACCAUUAACCGAUUUCAGUUGAUUCACGAUUAGCACGUGUGUUAUCAUUGAUUAAUAAUUAUCAUUAUUAUUAUUAGUUAGUAGAAAGUGUUCACUUUAGGUGAUCAACUGUAUUCCAUCAUCGAUUCUGCCAAAAUCGUUCCGAUUCGGAAAAGGCGACGUUCAACCAACCAGUAUUUUGUUGAGCGGUGAAUAUGAUGUUCCAAGCAGCACAUCGCAAUUACCAUUGAAACCAGAUGGAACAUCAGCUGGUGAUGAGAAACGGCCUGGACAGGUUCUCUGGUUGUUAGGUUUGACUCGAUUGCAAACGCAGGUAUGUUGUGUUUUUCAUAUGAGUAAAUUCGCUUCUGGAGAAUGAUCGCCUUCUAUUCACGUAUUCACCAACAAAAAUUGAAUUGCUCUGUUGUAACGGCAAAAAUUGCACAACGGAAUGAAAUUUCGCUGUUCUCCUCAAAAAGUACGUGAAUAGAAUCGAUUUUCUAUUCUCCAAACAUCCUUUGUAUAGAGCACGAGGCACGUGUGUUCACGAAUUUCCAGAUUCGCGUCGUCAAAGCGUUCCAAUCUGUCAACGAUGAUUCUCAUCCAAAUUCAUUGACAACUUCAACAGCCGAUCGACUUCGUGCUUCUUAUCGACGAUUGAAAAUCGCACGAGAACUGGAGCAACAAAAAAGUUCGUGUUUGUCACCAAAUGUCACUGAUUAGAGUUUUUCUCUUUAUUUUUGAUUUCCUUCUUUUUUUUACGUAUACGUGUCUUUUAGGACCACUGCGCGCUAGAUAUGUUAAAUCAAAAUAUCAGCUUUAUAGUGAACCACCGGUUUAUUUAUAGAAAUUAUAUAUAUCAUAUAUCCAGAUAUUUUAUUUAUUUAUAUUUAUACUUAUAAGAGUAUCAAGAUAACAAGGUAUCGAUUUUUCCUGAUUGCAAACACCGACUAAACUGUCCUCGCUUAUCCCAUCCCAACUAACUUCUUUUUCAGGGGCUGGUGGCCUACGAGCCGGUGGACAGGUAUAUUCUUCGGACCCAACAACGAAGGAUACAUCCGGAAUAAGAUUUGCGUAA